UCGUCUGCUAGACCCCAUCUUGACUUUUCGUGCUGAUGUACAUUUUGGUCGGUGUGUUCCUGUGGUAGUAGUCGGGCGGUGUGUGGUGUAUAGCAGCGGUAUCCGUCCGGCCUUAUCUAUCGCUCGUUCUGUAUGGUGCAAUAUUGGCGAUGGCCUCAUUGUAAAACGUGACCAUUGUCGUUGAUUCAACGAAACUCUAUUAGGUGUAACUCGGUUGUCCCGCGUACAGAUUAGUAAUUAGCUCCUUACGGCAUGGAAGACGAGUACGAAAGCCUUCCUUCGGCCUCGACGCCCGUCCACAUGCUGGCUGGAGCCGCUGCUGGGAUUAUGGAGCACUGCGUGAUGUACCCCCUCGACUCCGUCAAGACGCGAUUGCAAUCAUUGCGCCCAUCUGCGGGUGCACGCUAUACUGGCGUGAUGGACGGUUUAUAUAAGAUGGUUCGGCACGAGGGUAUGCUCCGACCUGUCAGGGGUAUGUCUGCGGUUGUAAUGGGUUCGGGACCCGCGCACGCACUGUACUUCAGUACCUACGAGAAGCUCAAACGAAAAUUGAGCACUAAUCAAAGGCAGAGCAAUCCGCUAAGUCAAUGUGUGGCUGGUGGUCUAGCGACGAUAAUGCAUGAUUCAGUGAUGAAUCCUGCCGAAGUCGUUAAGCAGAGGAUGCAAGUGUACGGUAGUCCGUACAAGAACUGUAUGGAAUGUCUCGGGCAUAUUUGGCGUUCUGAAGGCAUGCGGGCAUUUUAUCGUUCAUUUACCACACAACUCUCUAUGAAUAUCCCUUUUCAAUGCAUCCAUUUCGUCGCAUAUGAGUUCCUACAAGAGAUGACGAACCCUACACGGACGUAUAAUCCAUCAGCGCACAUGAUCAGCGGCGCUCUAGCCGGCGCCUUAGCGUCAGCUGCCACGACGCCACUGGACGUAUGUAAGACCUUGCUCAACACUCAGGAAGAGAGCGUCGUGCGUGCGACUAAUCAGCAUCGAAUUCGAGGCUUCUUACACGCCGCUUUCACAAUCUAUACGUGCUGUGGGCCUACCGGCUUCUUCCGGGGAGUACAAGCCCGCAUAUUAUAUCAGAUGCCAUCGACUGCUAUUGCGUGGUCUGUAUAUGAGCUAUUCAAAUUUCUUCUUUACGAACGGAAGCAUCACGUUGUCUCGAUGCCUGUUGUAACGGUAAAAGCAGGAGUGGAACCUGCUACAACCGCUGCAGCAGCAGCGCUGGUCGAGUCAUUUGUCACGAAUCUGUCACAGUAGUUUCAGACUAGUAAGGAGGACGUGGCCGUGGGUCUGUAGGAGAACCGCCUUGGAGUAUUCCGUUUGACCUGGUGUGUGCCUAUGUUGUUUCCAAAACAGGACCGUCAAGCAAGUUCCUUAAAGGAAGAUGGCCAACGUGAAAUUUAACAGUCGUCAUUAUCAGGAAAAUGAUAUAUACAGCAAAUCCACCCAUCAAUUGUAAAAAUAUCAACAACAGUACACGGAGCGCAUGGCGACCGUCCGACUACGUGUGUGAUGAGCAAGAUUCUAUCACAGCAACAACAUUAACGACGCCGACGAUCAGAUUAAAGGUGGUAUAUCGGAUAUAGAAGAAGUUUACAUAAAUGGAACAAGUUGCAAAACAGGGAGCAAGAGAGAGAGAGAGCGAGAGAGAGAGUGUGUAUGUGUGCGCGCGUGAAAGAUACGGGGCAGAAUGCCCAGAAGACCUCAUCUUUAUCUGCCAGCAAUGAGUGAGUACGUUAGUGCGAAAGGCUGAGCCCAAGAAACAAUGAGAAAGGUACUGAUUCUGUUGCUAUACCUUAUAUGAGGCGAGAUGAUCUCCUGGCAAAAAGCUUCCCUGGGUAACGAUGAGGUUCCAAUGCGUCUGAUAUAUCCCUACCAUCACACGCCCGUUCGUGGCAUGAAGAAAAUCGAAGAGUGUUCCCCGACAACAUCAGUCGUCUAGCGAUAUUACUAACUACCAUGUAUAUAUAUAUAUAUAUAUACAUGGUAGUUAGUAUAUAUAUAUAUAUAUAUAUAUAUAUAUAUAUAUGGUAUGAUGAAUUAUAAUAGCAAAACCAGCGUGUGAAGGAGAAUAAAAAUCAACUGCGACCUUUGUAUUUGUCCCGUUCGUACGCUGAGGAUAGUGUAAUGAAACAGCAUGCUUCCUGUGGCGAUGACGUUAAACGGGCCGACUGGUCUGCGAUGUCGUCUCCAUAGACAAAAACAAUGGGAGAUAAACAGACGAUGAUUGACGAAGUCUUUUAGUCGAUAGCACAAGUUAGAUUUUUUGUCAACGGGAGUAGCGGUGGAUAUUUUGAAGUUUGAAAAAAACAGAUGGACAAAGAACGCUAUUAGGUAGGUGAUACUGUUUAGAUGUAAUGAUCAACUCCAAUACGUCAAUAGCAUGUUGAGAACGUUAUGGCAGUGCACAUACUAAUCUACAAAAAUAUAGACAGCAAAUGAACUCACGGAUCAUCAUCAGAGGAUACCGGGCAGCAGAAAUUUAUCCCGAUAGUCGGAUUCGAGUGCAUCAAGAGGUGUUUGCAGAAACAGCAAAAGUAUCAACAGUCAUGUGGCCUUUUAUAUAUAUAUAUAUACGUGUAUGUAUGAAUGGGCUAUCUAUAAUAUAUACCUAUUCAAUAUGCCGCGAUAGAUUUGCUUACGGAACCGGCUACUAUUAAAGUGCUUUCACUAAGUGGUAUUAGACAAAGAUGAUGGCAAUGUGGGUGAUAAGACUGAAGUAGGAGGGUCUGACCACAACAGGUAUCACGACGAAUAAACUGAGAUUGUGGCUUGGAAUCAUUCGUGAAACUAUCGAGAUGUUCGUCAGCGGCGGAUGACGGGAUCACCCGUUGUAUUGUAGUUAGACCUACGAGGCCUUCGAGACCCACUUUCUCGAGAGCAAUUGAGCGGCCCGACGAGUUUUUCUAUUUAGCGCAAUGAAUUUUACGUAGGCAAAGAUCGUUAGAAUGAUGGCUUCACGUCUGUUUACUUUUCUGCUUCUAGCAGCUCCCAUAUACACGCACGCUAACAGGCACGAAUGCAUACACACGACACUCAUGGUUUUGUACACGCGCUGGUGAUAUAUAAAUGAUCGCUAUUAGAUGACAGCUAUAGUAGCAGAGCAUCAGGUUUUUCCGAUAAUAAGCAAAGGAUGAGAAAACAAAAAAAAAAAGCGAAUGUUAUAUGCUUGCGGAUCGGCCGAAGGUCACUCGCUUGGAUUUCGUCUAAUGUCGAUAGGUAAAGGAUGACGAUUUAGAAGACAAGAUGACGAUGGGUCAUAAUAAUAAUUAUUAUUAUUAUAUCGAUGAAACGGGUAAAAGGAAUGGGGCUACGGUAUCGUAUACAUUAAAUUUACUCUACUUUCAAAAAUACGAUAGAAAAAUAUUCAAUGAUUUUUUGACGCUUAGCCGCAUUUGGCUUCAUUGGCCGCAAUCAUAUCUAUUGUUAUUUAGGGGUAGGAGACCGAUGGAAAGGAUGAUUGAACAGCUUACGUCUAUUGAAUAUGGCUGAGGAUUUGGUUGUUAAAGAAAUAGUUAAACGAGUUUGUGAGGAAAGGAAAAGAACAAUGUUCGUUAGGCGUUGCCAGUCUUACAGUUGUUAGUGGCCAAAUGAUCGGCGCCCAACGAGCGGAAGACACAGUCACAUAGCUACCAUAUUUAUUUCGUUAAAAUUACGUUAUUGUCCCUAUGGUUUUCAUCUAUUCUUAGUGGAUGAAGGUAGCUGUUAAGUAUUGGCUGGUAAUAACCUCUUUAAAGCUAUGCAAUCCGCGACAAAACAUUGAGGUGGUGGCGCUAUAAUCGACAACAGUACCACUUAGCAUGGAAGCCUACGGAGAACAUUGGAACCUUGCUUUACGAGAAAAACGUGUAUGAAGAAUUUAUAUAUUUUUUAUUGUUUUCAUUUUUUGAGAUUCCGUAUUCAAAGCAGGGAUAAACAUCAACUAUCUAAAUAGAAGGAAAUACAUGCUUUUAUUUGAAAAGUGCAGUAACCAACAACGACGAUUGUAACGGAGACGUUUUAUUGUCUUAAUGAUUUCUACCCAUUAAAUAGCGAAGUGCUGAUUGUAGUGGACAUCGGGAAGUCGUAACCUGUGCUUCAGCUGUUUGCCAAUGUCAUUAAUUUAGCUGUUGUGCUAAGCCGUAGCCCCGCGAUUCUAGUAGGCUCCCAUCACCUACGACUCGUGUCAAAAGGUUUUUUCGCAAAAAAAAGUGAAACACAUGUCAGGAGUUUCCAUACACAUGGUUGUAGCAAUUGCGAAUUGUUAACGCACGCAUAUGUAUUUCGAAAAUGACCAGUGACUGCUUUAGGCUGAAUGAAGAAGGAUGCCUCGGGCCCAGCGGGGCCAAGGCAUAUCAGACGUGGUCGAGGUAAAGAAACCCGAACUGAGAUCAGCUAUCGUUAAACCUACAGUGCGGUUCAGAUGUAGCUAUGUGAUUUUAGAUGUUUUAUAUUCCGAAGAGGAAACUGCUCGCAAAAUAACUUGGAACAUCAUGGGCGCUGUAAAUUGCGGCACAGGUUAUAAUUAUAUCUUCCCUAAAAUUUCGACUCCAUGUCGCUGAGUCCACUACGGUGAAAGUACGUACGUAUUUGCAGUGAGAACAAAAAUUAUAUAUUGAUUAAUAUAAUCAGAUUAUUGCAUUCAACUCAAUGAGCAUGGAUAUUAGAUGAACAUGUACAUUUCUGCGACGCGAACGAACGAGGGAAAUUAUUGAUUAUAGAAGAUCAGGCAACUACAAAGUAAUGCGAGUGUUAGGUGAUUGAACACCAACCAUGAUAAACCAUGAAGAUGUCGAAAGGUCGAAUGAGGUUUGAGAAAGAGAAGACAGAACCCCCAAGAGUUAAGAUAAAUGGAUAAGGCUUUUUCCCAAUGCGUUAUUAUUAAGAGUAACCCUACGACGAAGUAUAAGUGAAGUGA